GUAGGAAAAUUCCCCCUCCAUUGCGAAACUUGCAAUGACAUGCUAAUAAAAUUAUUUUGAAAUAGAAUUAUGAAUAAACAUAAUAAAAUUGAUGUUGAUGUAGCUAAUUUUUCUUUUAUUUUUACAAAAAUCGGUAGUUUCAGUUUUUCUUCUUACGUUGUAUGCAAAAGUAAAAGAUAUUUAAUUUAUCAGUGACUACAUAUCAAUUGUAUUUAUUUCUGACAUUCACUGUAUCAUUUUAAAAACAGGAAUAAACAAUUAUGAGCCAAUUUACAAUAUUAUGUUUCAAACAAUCUAGAAUUUUAAGUAGAUAUUGGCUAGAAAGAUGUUUGAAGCAAUAUUUAUUGUAUCAUGUAAGAGUAUUCUCCAAUGGAAUUAACAACCGUCAUAAAAGUUACAUCACCAAAAAGGAAAAUGUCAAUAAAAACAAAACAUUCAAAUUGCGAAUACUUCAAGAUAUUAAACAAACUAAGCGAAAAGUAAAAGUAAUUAUUGAGAAAGAAAACAUCUGGACAAUACCAAAUUUUCUUUGUAUGGGGAGAAUUUUAACGUCACCGUAUUUAAGUUACUUAAUUUUAUCACAAGAUUACCAGAUAGCAUUGUCGCUGUUAAUAAUUGCUGGGUUUAGUGAUCUAGCAGACGGAUGGAUUGCACGUACAUGGACGUCACAAGCUUCUAAGCUUGGUAGUUUUCUGGAUCCUGUUGCAGAUAAGUUACUUGUAGGUACAUUGUUCCUAUCUUUGGCCUGGGUAGGAUUGGUUCCCAUUCCUUUAACGUGUCUUGUCAUUGCAAGAGACAUUCUCUUGGUUUCAGCUGCUUCUUACAUAAGAUAUCAAUCUUUGCCACCCCCAAAAACUUUGGUCAAAUAUUUUGAUCCUACAUAUGCAACAGCACAAUUAGCUCCAACAUAUAUAAGUAAAAUUAAUACUGCUAUUCAAUUGUUUUUUGUUGCUGGAACAUUAGCUGCACCUAUCUUUCAUUUUGUAAAUCAUCCAGCUUUAAAAGUUUCUUGUUAUAUAACAGCAUUAACAACAUUAGCAGGUGGUGUAAGUUAUUUGAUAUCAAAAAACACAUAUAAAUUACUAAAGAAAAAAACUUCAACAAAGUCAUCUCAUUAAAUGUAUGUAUUAAUGACCACAAUAACAUUGUUUAUUAUUUAUAAAUUUAUUAUACACCAUAAUAAAUGUUAUAUUAAAUAUUUACUAUGUACAUAAAUUAAAUUAAUAAAAAUAUUGUUUUUAUUUUUUGAUCACUCUGUAAAGAUUUCUAUUUAAGUUCUAUCUACAUCAUAGGUUUCAUAUAUAAACUCUUCGCGGAUAUUUGUAUUGUAACAAAGUCCAAUAUAAUCAAUUUCUAAUCUGAAAGGUCCUGGCUUUUUGUCAGCAAGUGUAAUUCCAAAAUUUGUAAUGUGAGCAUCGCACACAGCACACUGAUUUGCAUUAAUCUCUCCUUUUGUACUAAAUACAAAUUUUGAAAAGGGAAUUCUAACUACUUGCCAAUAUGGACCACCUCUUGUGUACAUAACAUAAUGAUGACAAUUGUAUUGCGUUAUGUCCAUAUUUCCCUUUUGUAGAAUAUUUAACAUGUAACAUCUACCAUCUCCUCUGAUUCGUAAAACAAGUUCAUUAUAGUUAGCCCAAUUGUAAUAAUCCCGUCGACCGAAAGAUUUGAAUUUUUGAAUUGAGGUGAUAUUGCAAUAUCCAGCACGUGUUGUUUUGCCAUCUUUGGGUAAACGAGUAUCUAGCAUACCAUGAAAUAUUCCAGUACCAAAGGAUGAUAAUUCCAAUUUGGCAGUUGAAUGACCAUGGUGAUAGUCUUUGUCACAAUUUACAAGCCAUUGAUCCAACGAUUUUUGAGUUCCAUCAAAUUUCCACACGGUAUCGAUUUCAUCGACUACGAAAUCUUUUGGAAGUAAAUAAAAUCCAGGUUUUAAUUCUUCAACGAAUAAUUUAGUCUCACUUUUCAAAAGAUCGUACGAGUUUCGCAAUUGUUGUGAAAAGGUUAAAUUUUUUUGUGAUUCAGGUUUUUUGUCAUACAUCACUGGAUACAAUGAUCUAAACGGUUCAUAAAACUUUCGUUUAAUGACCAGAGAAUUUCUACAACGCGGUUUCAAUAUGCGAAAAAUAAUUUUUUCCAUAUUUUCUGUUUCACAGUUAAACCGAAAUGGUAACUGUCAAAUAUGAUGAAGUUCAUAUAUGUAUUAGAGAUAACAAAAAUUCCAACCAGUGUAAUAUGAAUUGAUUGAAUUUCUGUAAAAAUCGUGUUAUAAAUAUAAUUUUCAAUUUGUUCAAAAAUCAAUUCAACUUUAUAUUCCUUCCCAUUUUUUUCUUUUACUGUCACUUUUAACAGACGAAUUAAGAAGUUCAAUGAUCCUUAAUUAACUAUUAAUGCGCAUUAUCUGUCACCAAUUGCAAAAAUGCAACGAAAUUUGACAAAUUUCAUUGAAAAGAAAAAUUAUCAGUAUUUAUUAUAUAGAUAAAAUGAACAAUCAUACUUUGCAGUUAACAACGAAAUCAGUAUGAUAGAAUUUUUCUUUUCGAAAUGGUGGCAAUUAUAAGUACGUUCAAACUUAAAACCAGAUUCAAUGUAAGAUAAGGAUGGUACUGUUCAGACAUAGUAAGUUAUUAAACAAUAGAAAUUUAAUUUUCUUAAAAAAUCGUGACAAAAUUAAAAAUGCGUUUCACAUAAAAUUUAUGUCGAGUGAUGCUGUAGAAAGUGUAGAUAUAAAAUUAUCUAAUGACUCAACAUUUACAUUAUCAACUGGAAAAUAUGCACGAUUUACAUCUGGGAGUGUUAUUGCUUCGAUGGGAAACACAUCAGUUAUGACCACUGUAGUUAGAAAAAAUGUGCCAUGUGAUGAUAAUGUGAUUCCAUUAACAGUAAACUAUAGGCAGAAAGCCUCUGCAAUUGGACGUAUACCAACAAAUUUUCUCCGUAGAGAAAUAGGUUAUACGGAUCAUGAGAUCCUUAUUAGCCGAAUAAUAGACAGAUCUUUAAGGCCUCUAUUUAAUGCAGAAUAUUGUUAUGAGACCCAAAUAGUAUGUAAUUUAUUAGCUACUGAUGGAAUUAAUAAUCCGGAUGUGUUAUGUAUUAAUGCUGCGUCUGCAGCUUUAAGUAUUUCGGAUAUUCCAUGGACUGGACCUGUGGCAGCUGUACGAGUUGGUCUAAUUGACAGUGCAUAUGUAAUUAAUCCUUCAAAGCGUGAGCUUCAACAAAGUAAAUUAAACCUUGUUCUGUCAUGUUUGUCCAAAAAUUUAAUUGUUAUGAUUGAAGGUACAGCAAAUGAAAUUCUAGAACCAGAGCUUCGAAAAGCAAUAAAAAUAGGUGCUAAAGAAUGUCAAACAAUUAUAGAAUCUAUAAUGAAAUUGCAAAAGAAAAUUGGUAAACCUAAGUUGAAAAUUGUUAAACACAGUGAAUUAAACAGUGAUGUGAAAACGUUUGUAAGAAAUUUUGCAGAACAUGAAUUACGUACAAUUUUCAAUUGUCAUUCCUAUGACAAAGUUUCACGAGACGAUGCUAUUUCUAAUCUUAGAAACAGAAUGUUGGAAAGUAUAACAAAUCGUGAUUCAGACUUUAUCAAGAAUGCUACAAAAGUUUUUAGCGAAAUUACUAAGGAAACUUUUAGAUCCGUAAUAUUUGAAACGGAUAAAAGAUGUGAUGGUCGUAAUUUAGACGAAUUGAGAAAUAUAGAAUGCCAGAUUAAUUUAUUUGAGCCUCUUCAUGGUUCUGCAUUUUUCCAACGGGGACAAACUCAAGUUCUAUGCACGGUAACUCUUGACAGUAUAGAAAAUUCUCUUAAACUGGAUACCAUGUCAAUGUUAUCUAGUGGUGUAAAAGAAAAAAAUUUUUUUCUACAUUAUGAGUUUCCACCAUAUGCUGUAAAUGAAACAGGUAAACUUACGGGAAUUGAUCGUAGAGAAAUUGGUCAUGGAGCAUUAGCAGAGAAAGGGUUGCAAGCAAUUAUACCAAAAGAUUAUCCAUUUACUAUAAGACUGACAAGCGAGGUAUUAGAAUCUAAUGGUUCGUCUUCUAUGGCUUCUAUUUGCGGUGGUAGUCUAGCAUUGAUAGAUGCAGGUGUUCCAAUAUUAUCUCCUGUUGCUGGUGUAGCUAUGGGAUUGAUAUCUAAUCCUACUACUCAAUUAACUAAUGAAGAUUAUAAAAUUUUAACUGAUAUAUCAGGCAUAGAAGAUCAUUUUGGAGACAUGGAUUUUAAAAUUGCGGGUACAAAAAGAGGAUUUACCGCUUUGCAAGUCGAUGUAAAAGUAGCGGGCAUUUCUUCAAAACUAACAAUGAAAACUAUUGAAAAAGCACAUAUCGCCAAAAAUCGAAUUAUUGCUAUCAUGAAUACGACAUUGUCUUCUGCAUCUCACAAUAAGAAAAAAGCAAAUAAACCUGUAAUCGAUACUAUGGAAAUACCCGUGCAUCAAAGAGGAAAAUUUCUUGGAGUUGGAGGAAUAAACUUAAAAAAUAUUUUCUACGAGACUGGAGUUAAUAUACAUUCGGAAGACAAUAUAACGUUUUCCAUAUUUGCGCCCAAUCAAAAUGCUAUGGAUGAAGCCAAAAAUAUGAUAAAUGAAAUUCUAGAGAAAAAGGUGGAACCAGUUUUGACAUUCGGUGAUAUUUACACAGCAAAAAUAACUGAAAUUCGUGAAACUGGAGUUAUGGUUGUAUUAUAUCCCAACAUGAUACCAACAUUAUUACCUAAUUCGCAGUUAGAUCAACGGAAAAUUCAUCAUCCUAGUGUACUUGGAUUGAAUGUUGGAGAUGAAAUAAAAGUGAAAUAUUUUGGACGAGAUCCCGUAAAUGGGCACGUUAGAUUAUCUCGAAAAGUGUUGCAAGGCCCAAUCUUUUUUGAAAAAGAUUACAAUACUGUUGAAAAUUAGAAAUAAUUGUUAUACUUUUUUAUAUGUAUUCCUAAGAUGAUUUUAUAUAUAUUCCUAUGAUGUAAUAUUAAUUUUGUUUAUACAUUAAUGAUAAUAAAAAAAUUAUUUUACGUAAUUGUACGUAAUUACGUUUAAAGAUUUUAUUUUCAUUAAAUGAUAUUAAUAAUAUUUUUUUCGUUGAAUAUGUAUCAUUUAUUAGUGUUAAAUCAUCAUUGAAUCAAUUAGUUUUCGAUCGACCAACUGAUAUUUAACUUAUUUCAACUUAGAUAGAUUUCAUUUCUUUUCUUUCUUCCUUGCUUUCACUACAGUGAUAAAAUAACUUAUAUAUUAAAAGUGCUUUAAAGUUAAGAUAUGAGAAAUGAUUUCACGUUUUCUUUAUCGUUACAUUUUUAAACGGACAUCUAGCUUUAUUCUUGGUAUCGUUAUCGCGUCAGUGCUUUUUGAAAGAGCUUACGAUCAUGCUUGUGAAGAGAUAUUUGAAUAGAUAAACGAAGGAGUAUGCUAUUGAUUUUUUUCUAUAAAAUUAUAAACGUUUGAUAAGUUAUUGCAGGGUAACACAAAUUUGAAAAUAAACAUAUUUCCAAGCUAUUUUUACAUGUUUAUCAAGCGAAUUAUGUAAUUAGUUAAUCCAUUUUAUAUUAUCAUCUCUUUCACAGAGACUUUGGACACACAUAAAACACAAGUAUGAAAAUCCACCACAGAGUUAUCAAAAAAGAUCUAUCAAGGAAGGAACAUCUGAUUUCUGA